GAAAGGAGGCGGCGAGCGGUGGGAAGUAGCGGUCGUGUGAGGGGCAGCGGGAAGGGCCCGUUCUUUCGCCGCAGCCCUGCUGCAGUUCGGCCGGAGGGCGGCUCCGGAACCCCAUCCCCCGCGGAGGCGCUACCAGGCGGCCCCCACCCGUGGGCACGUAGAAUAUAUGUGAAAUUCAAACCCAGGAUGGGUCAGAGGAGGAGCUCUAGUGGGCGGCCAUUCCCAUUGCUGCUGCUAAUUAUUGUUGUGGCCUUUGUUCAUUUAACUGUCUGUCCUUUUACAAAAGUGGAGGAAAGCUUUAACCUACAAGCUAUCCAUGAUGUGGUGUACCACCAGCUGGACUUGGAUAAGUAUGACCAUCAUGAAUUUCCUGGAGUUGUCCCAAGAACCUUUCUUGGACCAAUUUUUAUUGCUGCUCUUUCCAGCCCAGCUAUAUAUAUACUCUCUGUGCUAAGAAUGUCAAAGUUUUACUCCCAGCUGAUAGUCCGAGGAAGCUUGGGGCUCAGUGUGAUUUACGCGUUAUGGAAGUUGCAGAAAGAAGUUAGAAAGCAGUUUGGAGCAACUACAUCAACAAUCUUUUGUCUCAUCACUGUUACUCAGUUUCAUUUGAUGUUUUACUGUACACGAACCCUCCCUAAUGUGUUUGCACUUCCUUUUGUGCUCUUGGCAUUGACGUUUUGGAUACAGCAAAAGCAAAGGCCAUUCAUUUGGUUCUCGGCUUUGGCAAUUAUAGUCUUCAGAUCAGAGCUCUGCAUAUUCUUAGGCCUCAUGCUCUUGGUGACGUUAUUAACUAAGCGAAUCUCCAUUUUCAAAGUUCUUUCCCAUGCUGUUCCUGCUGGAAUUUUUUGUCUGGGGCUAACGGUUGCUGUGGAUUCUCUAUUUUGGAGACAACUUGUGUGGCCUGAGGGGAAAGUGCUCUGGUAUAACACAGUUUUAAACAAAAGUUCCAACUGGGGAACCUCUCCCUUCUUGUGGUAUUUCUAUUCAGCCCUGCCUCGUGCUUUGGGAUGCAGCAUUAUAUUUGUACCUUUAGGUGUAGCAGAAAAGAGAACUCGGAUAUUACUCUUGCCAGCACUGGGCUUUAUUUUCUUGUAUUCAUUUCUCCCACACAAAGAGCUGCGUUUUAUCAUAUAUACUUUCCCUGUCUUCAACAUAGUGGCUGCUAAAAUGUGCUCACGAAUUCUGAAUAACUACCGGAAGUCCUGGCUGUACAAACUUGGAUCUUUCUUUGUUGUUAUGCAUCUCCUAGUUAAUGCUGCUUAUUCAGGAACAUCUUUAUAUGUUUCACAUUUUAAUUACCCUGGAGGCGUUGCAAUUCAGAAGUUGCAUGAGUUGGUGCCUUCAACAGCAGACGUCUCAGUCCAUAUUGAUGUGGCUGCAGCACAAACAGGAGUUUCUCGGUUUCUAGAAAUCAAUUCAGAUUGGAGGUAUGACAAAAGAGAAGAUGUGAAACCAGGAGACCAGCUGAUGUUUUCUUACACACACAUACUAAUGGAAACAAACCCUCUUCAAAUAUCACAUUACAAGACAACCCACAGGCCACUGGCAAAUAUACCUGGCAUCAGUAAAAUUGGGUUGAACUUUACUGCACUACCUCCUUUUACUUUAAACUUGAAACCAAAAUUAGUACUGUUGGAAAAACUUCCUCUAUCAUCUUGACUGUGAAUUUUAAGUAAGUUUUUUGAUGUAAUUUUGCUGAUGACUGAAUAAUCUUAAGAUGCAGCAAAUUGUCAUUCCAGCACUGCAGUUCAGCUUCUGUGGAAAGGCACAGAAAAAUCAUUGUACCAGUUGGUAUUUAGCUCCGUCCUGUUUCUUACAUGAACAUUACAGUGCAUAUCUAGUCAGUAUAUACUCAAAUACUGAGUUGUAUUGUUAGGUAUGUUUGAGAGAUGCUACCUACAAGUUUAGUAGUAUUAAGUAAAACCUGUCUACUUGGUUUGGGUAGCUGCCUGUUUCAUAAUGUAGCACAGGUAUGUCCUAAUUGUCCUAGAUAAGAUACAUAAUGGCACAGGUUUGUGCUAUGGCAAUAAUUUGAUAUGUAAUCUAUGUGUGCAAAGAUAUAUUACGUGAUGUAUCUGCAGGAUUGUAACCCCCUCAUUGUCAGAUUGCCUGUGUGAAACUUAUGAUGCUAUCAACAUAGGAAAGCCAUAUUCAUUGUAGCUUCAUCACAAUACCUCAUUGUGCCCUGUAGGCUACCAAACAAAGUGAAGGAUUGACUUAAAAUGCAGUUGGACCUUUUAACAAGCACCGUCUCAUAACAGAUUUGAGGAUGGUUAUCUUUAUUCUAAGAGCUCAUAAAGAAGCAGCAACUUGGUUUUCACAGGAAAAAGAACUAAAACUGAAGCUUCCCUCUUUUGCUGCAAUGAUAUCUUAAUUUGCAGUGCAAGAAUUUACCUAUGAAAGUACUCACUUGAAUACACUUUUAGAAGAUAUGUACUCCUUUUUUUAAUUAAGUAGUCCCUUUGGAAAGGCAUAAUCUUAUGUGCUGUGUGUUGCAUUCUGUAAGCUAGAAUAAAAUAGCAUGCUCUGUAGUAUCUUCUCUAUUAGAUGUUUUUGUUAAGAAUGUUUGCUAAGGGGUAAACUAAGGAUAAAAAGUUGCAAUUUUGGUUAGGGCUGGCUGUAAUAUGACGGGAGCUCCAUUUGUGUAAAAAUCAGUAUUGCUGAAAUAAACAUAGGCAGGAAACUAUUCCUUGCUGGCUUAAAAACUGAAUAAAAAAAAAUUAUUGAAUAAA